CGUGCCCGACGUUUCCAGACUCUUUGAAGUGAGUCGCAUCUCCUAUUUCUUUAUCUGGGUCAAUCCCGUCCCCCCUUUCUUUAUCUCCCACCGAGACUUUUCUUUUUCUUGCUCUUUUUCUUUCUUUCUUUUUCUUUUUGGGGCUUCUCAAUUUUCGCUCUCUUCUCUUCCUCCACCCUCCCCGCCAUUGCGUCCGAGAUCGACUAACAUGCACAUCUCAGUUCCCUUCGAACAGCACUAUGUCCCCGGUCUACGCCGCGAAUGGCUCCCUAGACCCGCGCUCUCUCAACUAUGAAAGCAGUGACCUGAAUGAGAUCACGCGGCGGCAGAUGAAUGAGGACAUCAGUGCCUAUCGCUAUGACUUGGACUUUUGUCGGAACCAGCUGGCCGCCCCAGACCUGACUGCCCAAGAGACUCGGACGCUACAGAUCCGCAUCUUGGAUUGCGGGCACAACAUCCGCCACUGUCAGCACCGCAUCCAGCAGCUGGACGUGCAGGCACGCAGCGCAGCCCUCGUCCCCGCGGGCGGGUACAGGUCUCAGCAGAAUUACCGUGCCGCAGGCUCGGCACCUAGGGCUGGGGGUGCCAAGCGACCACGCAUCUCCAAGAUAGAGGGCGAGGAGGACGAGAAUGGGAGAGUAGGCGGUGGGAACGGCGAGGCGGACAUGGUGAUAGACAUGAACGGCGCCAGCACCGUGUCGAUCCAGCGCCUCGGAUUCUGGAAGUGCCGGCUGUGCACGUCGCAGAAGUACCUCGACUCGGGUUCCAAUCGCGUACCCAGUGCACCGUGCAAGUGGCCGUUGAAGGACGUAUCUAAGAUGCUGAAUCAUUUCCUCGAUAUGCAUACGGAGCACGCCCCUAAUGAGCGAUGCGAAGAGCUCGGAGCGGCACUGGCACAUAAUCGCGGGCCUUUCGAGUACUGGCUGACGCGCACUCGAUCGCAAGAGCUAGACGACAUGUCCGUCAUCGACGACUUGAUCCACACUCUGCAGUCUGGCACCCUGCCCGAGGCCCUGCGCGGCCUCAACAGAGCGGCCAACGCAUUCCCCAAUACCGUGUCUGGCAUCAAGCGUUGAGGCCCCUGCCUAUGAUUUAGGGAGAAGGGGGGUUCUC